AUGGUUCCCUCCUCUCCACCUUUGCUUUCCACAGAGCGUGGUUCCCAGGGAGCCUUGGACCUGACGGAGCUGAUCGGCGUCCCCCUCCCUCCCUCCGUCUCCUUCGUCACCGGGUUCGAGGGUUACCCGGCGUACAGCUUCGGACCGGACGCCAACGUGGGCCGCCUCACGAAGUCCUUCAUCCCUGACCCGUUCUACAGUGACUUCGCCGUCACGGUCGUGGCCAAACCCACCACGCGGCGUGGGGGCGUGCUGUUCGCCAUCACAGAUGCUUAUCAAAAAAUUGUUCACUUAGGUGUAGCGCUGUCAGAAGUGGAGGAUGGAUCCCAGAAGGUCGUGCUGUACUACACGGACCCAGGGACGACAGCCGGGACCCAGGAAGCAGCUUCCUUCAAGAUGGGCGACCUGACGGGGAGAUGGGCGAGGUUCACCCUGACGGUGCAGGGGGCGGAGGUGCGUCUCUACAUGGACUGUGAGGAAUAUCACCGGGUCGCCUUCGUCAGGAGUCCACAGCCUCUCACGUUCGAGGCCAGCUCGGGGAUCUUUGUGGGAAACGCGGGCGGCACGGGCCUGGAGAAGUUUGUGGGCUCCAUCCAGCAGCUGGUGUUGAAGUCAGAUCCCACGGCCCCAGAUGACCAGUGUGAGGAGGACGAUCCAUAUGCCUCUGGAUAUGGAAGUGGUGAUGAUUCCUAUGACGACGCUGAAGAAAGAGAAGAAGUGAAAAAGAUUGUGGAGGAGAGAGAGUACACCAUGCCCCUCCCGGAGCUGGACCCAACUUACGGCACGCCGGUCCGAGCUCCGCCCACUGAGCUGUCCAUACGCAGCCAUUAUGAUGAUGAUGAAGACAUGGAGGACACGUCUGGACUGGAGGAGGUGAAGAGCACAGUCAGAGUUCAAUCUUCUCUGAUGGCGACUCCAGCCUCCACCCUUGACUCUUCCCUCCAGGUGUCUCCGGGCACGAAAGGCGAGCGAGGGGAUCCAGGUCCGGCCGGCCCACCAGGACCCCCUGGCCUUCCAGGACAAGCCUCAGGGGACGGAGAGGGAGGGGAGCCGGGACCCCGGGGGCCACAGGGGCCACUGGGACCCACAGGCCCAGCUGGAGCACCAGGGAAAGAUGGACAGCCUGGGACUAAAGGUGAAACUGGUUUGCUGGGUGCAACUGGGAUUCCAGGAUUCCCAGGACUUCAGGGAGAGCCUGGUCUUAAGGGAGAAAAGGGUGAUCUGGGUGUUGGAGUAGCGGGUCCUCCGGGGCCUCCUGGACCUCCAGGUCGAACAAGCUCAGGGUCCAUGUUCAUGGAGGGGUCAGGAUUUGAAGACUUUGACAGUGAUGCAGAACUUAUUCGGGGAGCUCCAGGGCUUCCCGGCCCACCUGGAGAGCCAGGGACCCCAGGGACCUCGUCCGGAGACGUCUUCCCUGGACCCCCUGGGGUUCCUGGGAGAGAUGGGAAGGACGGAGUGAUGGGUGAACCUGGACUUCCUGUGAUUGUGGAGUGGUUUAGUGGCUCUGGCUCUGGGUCUGGUUCAGGGUCUGGUUCUGAAUCUGGUUCUGGUUCUGGUUUUUGGUCUGGCUCUGGUUCUGGUUCAGAGUCUGGUCAGGGAGCGGAUGGAAAAGACGGCGAUCCAGGGUCUGCUGGCGAGAAGGGAGACAAGGGAGUCCCCGGUGGGAGCGGCCCACCAGGACCUAAGGGAGACCAGGGCCCUGCAGGGAUCCCAGGCUUCCCAGGGUCAGAGGGUCCAGGAGGGCAGCCCGGUCCCAGGGGUCCACCGGGCCCCCCCGGACCCCCUGGAAGAGCCCUCACAUUGGACUAUGAGGACUUGGAAGGAUCUGCCAUGCGGGGGGGUUUAGGUUCUGCUCUCACCCCAGGACCACAGGGUCUCCCUGGAGCUCCAGGACGAAAUGGUAAAGACGGUUUAGACGGCGAUCCAGGAAAACCAGGUCAAAAGGGGGAGACAGGUCCUGCAGGACGACCAGGGUUCCCAGGACUGGACGGGCCGAAAGGGGAAGAGGGAGCAAAGGGAGACAAAGGGAAUUCAGGACCAAAGGGUGAGAUUGGACUCAGUAUUCCCGGCCCUGCAGGACCACCUGGACCUCCAGGACCCCUCGUCAACCUCCAGGAUCUUCUACUCAACGACACAGAAGGGGCCUUCAACUUCUCAGGGUUUUUUGAUGCUCAGGGAUCUGCUGGUCCGAAGGGAGACAUUGGGUUGCCAGGUGUUCAAGGACCUCCAGGACUUAGAGGUGAAAAGGGCGAGCCAGGAUUCGUCAUGGCAGCGGAUGGAGCCAUGUUGACAGGCCUGGCUGGUCCUGCGGGACCCAAUGGAAUCAAGGGAGAUAACGGUGUGGCUGGACCCCCUGGUGUUCAAGGACCAAUGGGACCUCCGGGGCCUAAAGGAGAGUUUGGUUUUCCUGGAAGAGCUGGUCGUCCAGGCCCGAUGGGACUGAAAGGAGACAGAGGGGACUCUGCUGGGCUGCAGGGAGCUCCAGGCCCCCCUGGACCACCGGGCCGCCCAGGGAUGUUCAACUGCCCCAAAGGAACAGUUUUCCCCGUCCCUCCCAGACCCCACUGCAAAAUGGCUCUUAAUCCCAAUGGAAGCGUCGCAGUCGGAAACUGUCAGACGGGAGUGAAAGGAGCGAAGGGAGAGAGAGGCCUUCCUGGGAUGCCAUCUCCAUCAAGUACUUUGAUGCCCAGAGGAACCUGGCGGCCAAGGGGUGACCAGGGAAUAAAAGGGGAGAAGGGAGACAAGGGAGAGACCGGUAUGCUGGGGCAAACAGGAAACCCCGGUAGACAAGGACUGGUGGGUCCUAAAGGUGAGUCUGUGAUGGGCCCUCCUGGCCACCCUGGGGUGCCCGGCUCACCUGGUGUCCCCGGUUAUGGGAGACCUGGUCCUGUUGGUCCUCCUGGGCCACCGGGGCCUCCAGCACCCUUUUCGUCAUCCCCAAGAUAUGGCUCCUCAGCUUUGACCAUGAGUGGCGCUCCUGGACCUCCUGGACCACCAGGACCUCCUGGAUCUUCUUCGGGUAACUCAGCAUCUCUGAAAACCUUUUCUACUCGUGAGAUCAUGAUGCAGAACACGGUCAGGGACGCGGAGGGAACUCUGUCGUACGUCACGGCAUCAGGAAGUCUCUUCCUCAAGGUUUCCCAGGGAUGGAAAGAGAUACAGCUCGGCAGCCUGAUCUACCUCUCCAGUAACAUCAUUCCACAGGACGAGCCUCGAGUUGCAUAUCAGGUCAGAGGAGACACGAUAGAAAGAAUAACUUCAGUUAAAGAGAGGCUCAACCUGGUGGCCCUGAACCAGCCUCACUCCGGGGGCCUGAUGGGGCUCGACACGGCCGACCGCAUGUGUUACGAGCAGGCCAAGGCGAUGGGCUUGGCUCCAAACUACCGCGCCUUCAUCUCCUCCCACAGGCAGGACCUGGUCCAUGUGGUCUACCCUGGUUUCCGUGAAAAUCUACCAGUCACCAACCUCAGGGGAGACGUGAUGUUCAGGAACUGGCGAGCGAUUUUCAGCGGCGACGGAGGACCAGUAAAUUCCCGGAUACCCAUCUACUCCUUCGAUGGCCGGGACGUUUUAGCCGACCCCUUCUGGCCUGAGAAGAACAUCUGGCACGGCUCCACCAGCAGGGGUUUCCGAGUGAUGGACAAACACUGUGAGACGUGGCAAGCGGACCACGUGUCCGUCAUGGGUCAGUCGUCCAGCCUGACCUCAGGGCUGCUCCUGGGCCAGCAGACGCGAAGCUGUUCCAACGAGUACAUCGUCCUCUGCAUCGAGACCCACAAAAACCCUUAGAUCCCGUCUCAACCGCCCCCCCCAACGCCCCAAACCACUCCACAGAGGAACCCACCUCAACCACCGUGGAACAUUCUGGGAACCGAUGUGUCUUUCUCCUUAAAGAACGUCAUUUUCAGCACAUGGUUGGUGCUAUGUGUCGCAUUGUGUGGCAGGAAAACCCUGUCGUUUGCCAAAAGGAUGUUUGUGCUUGUUUUUCUCCUCACGUCACAGAUUCAUACAAACAGAGAUUUAUUGAAACGUGAAGUUUGGAGGAUUCCUUGCAAAAACAAUGUCCGUGUGUGUUGUAAAGUAACAUGAUGGAUUUCCCAUUAACUCCACUGUUGUGGCACAUAAUGUAAAAGGCAGCAGAGCCUGAUGGCGGCUGCCAGUCUUCGUAAUAAUUCGAGACAUUAACGCUGUCCUGUCAAAGUAAAUAAUUUAUUACUGUUAAGAUGAUGAAUGCGGCACCUUUAACCUCUACUCCAAACAAACGCCACAAGAUGGGUUUGUGAGAAUCAAACAAAGCAACACAAACGGCUGCACAUAGUCACCCGGGUGUGUUGAGGAUGAGACGUCUCUUUUGCAUCCGUCUCGUCCUUCUUACAGAAGACUGAGAGACGAGGACGAGGACACACAGAAAUCUGCACCGGAACCUGAGACCUGCCCUGAGGGAUCCCCAAAGACUUUUCAACGGAAGCGUCAAAAGGCGACUUUCGUUGUUUUGUUUACAGGUUGUUGUCGAUAUAUUUUUUUUUAUAUUUGUCAAGAAUAUCAGGAGACGUUUACUCAACAUUUCAAGAGCCAGACCUUAAGAGCUGUCCCUCGUCCGACAGCAGGACGACCAGUGUUGCCACCAAAGUAAAUAUUUUUGCACUGUACUUCAUUUUAAAACAAUUCUUUAGUUCAACAUUUUCAUUCUUGAACGUGUUCGUAGCUUUUCUUACACCUCGGUGAUGUCACUCCUUAGCAGCUCUUUCUAGAGUAUUUAAUUUAAAUCCAUUUAGACUUAUUUAUACCGUCACAGCACAUAACAUGAAAUCAAAUGAUUCAAUUUAAGAAUGUAAUUUAUCGUUCAUUGUUUGUCAAAUGACUGUUUUUGUUUUCAUCAGUUUCUUUUUAAGCUUUUUGUACAGUUUUUAAGCUCAUACUAUUCUGGAGAAUAUCGACAAACUCAAAGUUUAAGAGUUUAAUGCACACGAUUUAAAUAAGCAAAAAAUAUUUUCACAAUCCAAUAAAAACCAAACCUUACAAAGUAAUUUCAUGCUGGCGAAAGUAAGAGCACAUGUUUUUGUAUAAAUGUUGGUGCUUUGUUGAAUAAAGAUUUUUCUUUUCAUAA